AUUUUAACAAAAUAAGGAAGUUAUGUUAGUCAAGAUGCAGAUGACGAUGAUGAUGGCCCUGACAAUGUUAGCUGGCAUUGCUUUGGCUGACGCAGAGAUCUUCUCGGAAGAGAUAGGGGAAAACUUAAUUCUAACCCUGUCGUGUGAUGAUGGAGAACACCUAAAGAUAGUGAAGGCAAAAUACUGGGCACCUCAUUCAUGGUUCUGUAGUGAUCAACAUAAUGCUUUUAGUGUAACUAGCGAUUACUGCAAUCAUCAGGAAUCAUGUUCGAUAAACACGAGCCCGAAUAGUUUAUAUGGUGAUCCAUGCUUUGGUGCGUGGAAGAAACUGGCAGUAUCGUACACGUGCCAGACAUGUGACGAGGGAAAACUGUUAGUUAAGGGGCCAGGGUGUAUAGAUCCCUGUGAAGGUGGCAAUUACAUUGACCAAGAGAACGGAUGUACACCAUGUGAAGAAGGAACAUACAGCCCUGGAGGAAGUGCUUCAUCGUGUUCUAACUGUCCUUCUGGGAAAGAAGUGGCAAUGGGUUAUAUUGGUACUUCAGAAAGUGACUGUUCUUUGAGGGAAGAGAUAGGGGAAAACAAAAUUCUAAACCUGUCGUGUGAUGCUGGAGAAUACCUAGAAAUAGAGAACGCAAAAUACUGGGCACCUUAUUUUUCGUUAUGUACUCCACUUGAAAAUGCUUUUCCUAAAACUAGGGAUCACUGCCGUUUUAAGGGAUCAUGUGAGCUAGACACGUCCCCGGAUAGAUUCUAUGUUGAACCAUGCUGGGGUCAGUGGAAGCAACUGGUAGUAUGGUACAAAUGCCAGGCAUGUGACGCGGGAGAACUGUUAGUUGAGGGGGUAGGGUGUCAAGUUUCAGAAGUUCCUGAAGUUCCCGAAGUUCCUGAAGAAGUUCCUGUAGUUUAUAGAGACGACAAUCGAUGUGGUCCAAAGUUCCCCCUCGCCGAUGGCUCUCUCAGUCAGUGUAACCCUGACGACCGAAAAGGUGCUGUUUGCUGUUCUAAGUGGGGACGGUGCUCAAAACAAAAGAAAAAUUGUUCUUGUCCUACCUGCGUCAACUACGGCCGAAAAUAGAAUUUGAGAACAUAUCGUCGUCCAGAAAAACAGCAGAUGGGUGUAAACGAAUUUGAAGCAUGAUUUGGACAAUUUCUCGUCGAGAAAGCAAUAAUAUUUGGAUAUUUGUAGAGAGGUCAACCAUAUUUGUUUGAUAUAUGACAGUGCUAUUCUGGGUUUCAUUAUUCAAUUAUACUAGAAGCUUAUUUGUAGUUAUUCGCUGUCAUCUGUCAGAAAACAUGGAUGUCAUCCCAUUAAUAGUACCCAAAUAUAUACAAUGCAUUGAAAAAAUUUACAACAUAUAUUUUAGUUUUGUGUAUUUUUAUUACUAUUAAUAUCAUAAUUUCGAA